GUCCCUGAGAGAGGUUUAUGAGUAGCUACGUUAAGUAGUAUGUGUAUACUGUAUAAUCUAAAUUAUUUUUACGGAGAGUGUUUUAUAGUUUAAAUGUUGUAGCGUGUCCACAGGUACUUUACAAUUUGUUUUGAAACUAAUACGUUGCGUCUCGUGCAUAUAGUUAGCCGUUUUGCCAGUUUUAUUUGGUUGUCUAAAACUAGCCUGUUAGCUUAGCGUCGUACCAGCUGUUCUACUCUACUGGGUUUGUUAGCUGGUUUUGACAGCUAAGGUGACUAAAAUUAAUCAGUUCGGUUCCGGUUGGAACGGUUUUCUCAGGUUUGCAUGUUGGAGUUCGUUUAACUUUUUUUCUAUGAGUUGACUGCUAGGCUGUAACUGAAUGUGUGGUGGUAUAAAUAGCCGCAGCUAGCAGAUGGUUAGCUUGACAACAAUGGGUUGUAAAAGAGGCUUAAAGACAGCCCGAGCGCUUUAUUUUGUGUCCAUUCUUCUCAUAGUUUCUGUCAAAGGAUUAACAGCUGAUGAAGAUCAGCACAAGAACGACGGAUCAGAUUUAAAGUCCUACCAUGACCCAGAGUCUGAAGAGGACGAUGAUCGCUUUACAUCAAAAAUCGUGGCCGGUGCAGCUGUGACUUCUCGUCAGGAAGUCUCUCAAACCGAGGAGGAGAAACCGUCACCUGAAGAGGCAGAAGACAAGGAGGAGCUGCCUGAACAGCCACCUCCUAUUGUGGAGAAACCAAAAGAAGUUCCUCUGGUGAACGGAGGCACCUCUCAUGGAGAGCCUUGUAUUUUCCCGUUUGUCUUCCGAGACAAAGAGUACUCGGACUGUACCACUGAUGGACGGGGGGAUGGACGGCUGUGGUGUGCCACAACCUACAGCUAUGACCAGGAUAAGAUGUGGGGGUUCUGUGAGACGGAGGAGCAGGCCCAGCAGAGACUACAGGCUGAAGAGGCUGAGCAGCAGUAUCAGACAGUUGUACACAUGCUCAAUGUCUCCACCAGAAGGACUCAGAAAAAGGAGUUGUAUGAAAAGCUGCUGAAGGUGGCAGAGAAAGGCCACCAAAAAGCCACAGAGAAGGUGGCGUACGCCAUGCUGUUUGGAGACUACAUAAGCCAAAAUGUCACAAAGGCCAGAGAAAUGUUUGAGAAACUUGCCACGGAGGGCUCACCUAAAGCUCAGAUGGCCCUUGGCUUUCUAUAUGCAGCAGGACUUGGAGUUAACUCAAGUCAAGCAAAGGCUUUAGUUUACUACACCUUUGGUGCUUUGGGGGGAAACCUAAUAGCUCACAUGAUUCUGGGCUACAGGUACUGGUCAGGUGUGGGAGUUCCUCAAAGUUGCGAGUCAGCACUAACUCAUUAUAGACUUGUUGCAAAUCACGUGGCCAGUGACGUGUCCCUGACCGGCGGCUCGGCAGUGCAGAGGAUCAGACUUCUGGACGAGGUGGAAAACCCAGGUUCCACCAGUGGGAUGUUGGAGGAGGACCUAAUCCAGUAUUACCAGUUUCUGGCUGAGAAAGGAGAUGUCCAAGCUCAGGUGGGUUUAGGUCAGCUCCACCUGCAUGGUGGACGAGGAGUAGAACAGAAUCACCAGAGGGCGUACGACUACUUCACACAGGCUGCAAACGCUGGAAACACACACGCCAUGGCUUUCCUCGGCAAGAUGUAUUCAGAGGGCAGUGAGUUUCUCCCACAGGACAACGAGACAGCCCUGCAGUACUUCAAGAAGGCCUCUGAUAUGGGUAAUCCAGUGGGUCAGAGUGGCCUGGGCAUGGCCUAUUUAUAUGGACGGGGUGUCCCAGUGAACUACGAGUUGGCCCUGAAAUACUUCCAGAAAGCAGCAGAGCAGGGCUGGGUGGAUGGCCAGCUGCAGCUGGGGACCAUGUAUUACAAUGGCAUUGGUGUCAAGCGCGAUUACAAACAGGCGCUUAAAUUCUUCAACCUGGCCUCCCAGGCGGGCCACAUCCUGGCUUUCUACAACCUGGCACAGAUGCAUGCUACAGGUACAGGUGUGAUGCGCUCCUGCCACACUGCAGUGGAGCUUUUUAAGAACGUGUGUGAGCGUGGUCGCUGGUCAGAACGUCUGAUGAUGGCUUACGGCAGCUUUAAAGAGGGCGAGACGGACGCUGCGCUGGUUCAGUACCUGCUGCUGGCAGAGCAGGGCUAUGAAGUAGCUCAGAGCAACGUCGCCUUCAUUCUGGACCAAAAAGGAGUGAGGAUCUUCAGUGAGAAUGAGACUUACCCUCGGGCUUUACUCCACUGGACGAGAGCUGCAGCACAAGGUUACACUGUGGCGAGGAUAAAACUAGGCGACUAUCACUUCUACGGAUAUGGAACCGAUGUGGACUACGAGACUGCUGUCAUUCACUACAGACUGGCAUCAGAGCAGCAGAAUGGAGCCCAGGCCAUGUUUAACCUGGGCUACAUGCAUGAGAAAGGCCUGGGAAUCAAACAGGAUAUCCAUUUAGCCAAGCGCUUCUAUGACAUGGCAGCUGAAGCCAGUCCUGAUGCUCAGGUGCCAGUUUUCCUGGCCCUGUGCAAGCUGGGCCUGGUUUACACGCUACAGUACCUGCAAGAUUUUAAUCUGAAUGAGCUGAUUGAUCAGGUGGACCUGGACCAGCUUCUGGGCCCAGAGUGGGACCUCUACCUCAUGACUGUCAUCGCCCUGCUGCUAGGCACAGUCAUCGCCUACCGACAGCGCCAACACCAAAUCAUCCUGCCGCCUCGCCCACCUGCCCCUCCACCCCCUCCCAGAGCAGCUCAGGAAGAGCCACAAGCCCAGGCUGAGCCACAGGCUCAGGAUGAAACACCAGGCCGGGGCCCGGCUCACGAGGAGGAGCAGCAGUAGCGCGAGGGCAGUCAAACAGACUCUACCCGCCUCACUGCAUGAAGCAGCUGGUGCCCAACUAGUUAAAAACCUGCUGCUUUGAGUGCGUCUCACACUCUGCCUGCUCCCUCAUCACUAUACAACUUGUCCAAGAACUGUUCAGUCUCACAGCUCCUGUUCUCAGCUCGAGAGGUGAUAAGACACUGAAGGAACUGAACAACCUGUGCUGAGAGGACGGGUCAGACUCGGGACUUGUCAGUCUGUGGCUCAGGACUUUGCCAGAAGCACUCGUGUCGUCACCAUGGGAAUAGUUUCACUGUUGCCAAAUCAAAGGCAUUUUAGAGCGAACUGGUUUGAAAGAUGGAACCUUGUUUGUGUAUUGGUUUCGUCUUCUACUUCACCAGUUUUGAUUCGUUUUGUUUCUUUGGGGACAUUUCCAUCGAGUUGCUUCAGUCGUAAUUCACUUCAGGUUUAGGUUUGCGUCAUGAAAAUGUGAACGUCAAUUUUCUUUUCUAGCUGAUCUGUUUGCUAAUGAAAGUUUUGUCUAAUUGAUGGUUUUCAAAGUAGGCACUUUUUGUUGGGUUUUAGUUACCAUUUUAUCAGUACAGUAUCCUCGCUAACCUGCUUUUUGCUCAAUUUUUGUUGAAUAAAACCGAACCGACUUCAAAAAAUCACUUUAUCUUGAGCAAGAUGAAGCUUGUUUUUGGGUUCUAAUUGCAAGCGAGUGCCUGAAGCCUGUCAGAACUGAGCUGGAGUCAAAAUAAAAACCUGUUUUAAAAGUCAUGGAGGCAUCUUUUUAACUUUCAUAAAACAAAUCAGAACAGCUUUCAAAAUAAUAAAGAGCA